AUGAUCACCUAUCUUGUUGGUACUGCAUUAUUGGCGAUAUUUCUCUACGAAUAUGUCUUCUGGCGUAUAAAACAGUUUCGACUUCGUAAGGCACUCGGCCUCCAAGGACCGCCGACCAAUUUCUUCCUGGGAACACUUGGCGAGCUUUUCUAUUUUCUGAAAAAGUCUGGGUUAGAGGCGUCGACACAAUUUGCUGAGGAGAAUCAUGCAAAAUAUGGUGAUACUUUUGGAUGGUACAAUGGCCCCUUCCUGGAUAUUGUUACUAGAGAUCCAGAAUUUGCGCGUGAAGUCUUUAUCUCACAAUUCGGCAAUUUUGUUGAUAGGCAGACUAUUCCUCUCAACGAUGCAUUCCCAUUCUGGGAUGGCUUAUUGGCGAUUAAUUCUGAGGGACAUGGUGGUGUCGGCUGGAAAGACAUCCGUUCUGUUGUCUCCCCCGUCUUCACGUCUGGCAAAUUGAAAAAGAUGCAUCAUUUGCUGCUAGAGAGGGUAGAUGCGCUUUUGGAAGUUUUGGAGGGGAAAAUGGAGAAUGGGACGGUAUCAUUGGAGAUAUAUGAUGAGCUUCAAUCAUUUACGAUGGAUACAAUUGCCCGAGUCGCGCUCGGGGUUGAUUGCGAUUCGCUCCAUGACCGAAAGGAUACGUUCUACGUCAAUAGCCGCACAUUUUUUGCCGAAUUUAAUCUCGAGGCGUCACCUAUCGCCGUUUUAUUUGCAUAUGUAUUCCCCUCCAUCGCCCAUCAUUUCCGGUCAUUUACCAGCUUUGCCAAAGCUGAAAAGCUCUUAAUAGAUCGACUUCGGCAAGUAAAUACUGAUUUUACAAAAAGCAUGGAUCUCGUGCAAUUGCUUUUGGAGCAAGACUUGGAACGUCAAAAGGGAGAAAAGAAAGCUCCCUUAUCAGAUGAUAUUAUUAUCACAAAUUGUUUCCACUUUUUGCUGGCAGGUUAUGAAACGACAAGUACUGCUCUUUCAUUUGCGAUGUGGUGUCUAGCAGAGUCUGAAGAAGCUCAAGAACGACUUUACAACGAUAUUAUAGAUACCUUUGGCGAAUCCGGGGAACUAGAUUAUGAAAAAGUGAUGAAGCUUCCAUACCUUGAUUGCGUGUUUCGCGAGGUUCUCAGGAGAUACCCCCCUGUCGUUCUCUUUACCAGUCGCAAAUGUAUCCGUGAAACUACGGUACAAGGCCAAUUAGUCCCAAAAGGCGUUACCGUAACCGUGCCUGUUCAUGCCAUCCAAUGGAGUGAGAAAUAUUGGGAUAAGCCCUUCGAAUUCCGGCCAGAGAGAUUCGAAGACCCGGAGGCCAAGAAGAAAAUCUCUUGGCUACCAUUCGGUUUGGGACCAAGGAAUUGUGUUGGAAUGAGAUUUGCCGAAAUGGAAUUUAAGUCCGCCCUUGCUGCGCUGGUGCGUAAAUUCAAAAUCGGCAAGCAGCCCGAUGCAGUAUUGAAGACCCGGCUGCAAUUGAUCUUGAUGCGCCCACUAAACGGCGUGAAUAUUACGCUGGAGAAACGU